AUGGAGGAGCUCGCUCGGGAGAGCAUCUGUCUGCUGGCCCGGUCCGCGUCCCACGCCGACCCGCCCCGGCUCGGUUCCUUCGGCGCGAUCUUCAUCAUGCUGAAGUCCGCCCUGGGAGCUGGACUCCUUAACUUCCCCUGGGCCUUCCAGAAGGCCGGCGGAGUGAACAUCGCCAUCAGCGUGGAGAUGGUGUCCCUGGUCUUCCUUAUCAGCGGUCUUGUGGUGCUGGGCUACGCGGCGUCCGUCAGCAGGAAGGACAGCUACCAGGACGUGGUGCGGGAGGUGUGCGGCGCUGCCACCGGCAAGCUCUGUGAGGUCUGCUUCUGCUUCAACCUCUUCAUGAUCUCCGUGGCCUUCCUGGUGGUGGUCCAGGACCAGCUGGAGAAACUGUGUGUGUCUCUGUACGGGACGGUGACGGGCUCCUCGGAGGCCCUCGUGCCGUACCACUGGUACACCGACCAGCGCUUCGCCCUCUUCAUCGUGUGCCUCCUCUUCAUCCUCCCUCUGUCCAUCCCCAAGGAGAUCGGGAUCCAAAAGUACACCAGCGUGCUGGGCACCCUGGCCGCGACCUACCUGUGUGUGGCGGUGAUCAUCAAGUACUACCUGAUGGAGAACCACACGGCGGAGCUCAGCCCCGAGCACAGCCAGGGAGUGGGCUCCUGGGGGUCCAUGUUCAGCGUGGUUCCCACCAUCUGCUUCGGCUUCCAGUGUCACGAGGCGUGUGUGGCAAUCUACAGCAGCAUGGAGAACAAGAAGCUCUCCCACUGGGUGCUCAUCUCUGUCGUCUCCAUGUUCUUCUGUCUGCUCAUCUACACACUGACCGGAGUGUUCGGCUUUAUGACGUUCGGCCGUGCUGUGGCCUCAGACAUCCUGAUGUCAUAUCCUGGAGAUGACGUGGUCAUGAUCAUCGGCAGACUGCUCUUUGGGAUCUCCAUCAUCACCAUCUACCCCAUCAUCCUACUGCUGGGACGGUCGGUAAUCCUGGACCUGGUGGUGCGUCUGCGGCGGGACCAGCAGGGGGCGGUCACGCACUCCUUCGAGAGCCGGUGGCGGGCGGGGCUGACGGGCGUGUGGAUCGCCGUCACCAUGCUCAUCGCCAUGUUCGUCCCCGACAUGAGCGACGUCAUCAGCGUCAUUGGAGGCAUCAGCGCCUUCUUCAUUUUCAUCUUCCCAGGUCUGUGUUUGGUCUUCAUCAUGCAGUCUGAACCCGUGUCCCCAAAAGUCAGGGUGCUGUUGACAGCUUGGGGGGUCGUCACCAUCGUGGUCGGGGCUUUUAUCUUCGGACAAAGUACAACCAAAGCCGUCAUGGAACUGUUCUAUGAGUUUUGAUUUUCAUCGGCCAUCUUGAAUCCUUCUUCUAUUAGUCCACCAUCAACAUCAGCUGAGACUCCACCAUCAGUACAAUCACCACCAUCAACACCAUCAAUACCAUCAAUACCAUCAACAUCAGCUGAGACUCCACCAUCAGUACAAUCACCACCAUCAACACACCAUCAAUACCAUCAACAUCAGCUGAGACUCCACCAUCAGUACAAUCACCACCAUCAACACACCAUCAAUACCAUCAACAUCAGCUGAGACUCCACCAUCAGUACAAUCACCACCAUCAACACACCAUCAAUACCAUCAACAUCAGCUGAGACUCCACCAUCAGUACAAUCACCACCAUCAACACCAUCAGCAGCAUCAACACUAACAAUACCAGCUGAGUCUCCACCAUCAACACCAUCAUCAUCACCAGCUGAAUCUCCA